UCUCUCUCUCUCUAUUUAUAGGAGUCUCAGUAUAAUGUUGAUGUCACUGAUGGUUCUGACAUGACUCCAUUGAUGUGGUCCUGUUAUAAUAAAAAUGAAUUAAUAGCUAAAAGACUAAUAGAACUGGGAGCUGACGUACACGAGAAAGACACUGAUGGAAGGACAGCAGCUCACUGGGCUGCUAAAAGGAGUGAUAUUAACAUGUUGAAGUUGAUCCUUAAACCUGACAUGACUUAUUUCAAGGAUGUUAAAGGUUGUACUGUAAUGCAUGUAUCAGCUCAUGAAGGUUUUCAAGCUGGUAUAGAAUACAUAAUGAGCCUCAGACCUGAGAGUGUCCAUGACACAGACAAAAUGGGUAGGACUCCAUUACAUUAUGCUGCAGCAAUGGACCGUGUUCAUGUUUGUUACCAUUUGCUCAAUAAAGGAGCUGAUGCUAGUCAAAGAGACAGUGACAAUAAGACUCCAUUGGAUUAUGCAUUGAUCAAGCAACACGAGUUUGUCGUGGCUCUCUUCACUUGUCAUGAUGCAUCAGUUGGGGACUUCAUUAAAAUGCAGAGGAGUGAGGCUGAUACUGGCAGUUUAUACAGUGGUGGUACUGAUGGGUGUAGGACCGUACUGUCAGUAAUAGGAGGAGCUAGUCAGAGAAUAAAGGAUAGGGAGGACUACUCACCAGACGAUCUUCAUUGA